GUGACCCCUGCAAUACGUCAUUCUCGAAGGUUGCUGUGGCAGCAGUGGCGCCAUGUUGAGACGAAUAAGAAGAAACGAUAACAGUGGGGUAAAGCAGACGAUAAAAACCAACGUACUGUAAAGGACUAAUAAAAUAUCAUGCGAAGGGCAUUCUGGAGUGUUUGAGACUACACGUUGGAGUUACGAUGCCUUUUCCUGUCGCCAAUCAGGCUGUGCAAGCAUUGCAGCAGCCCACCAAGCACUAUGGCAUCACUUCUCCGAUCAGCCUUGCCCUCCCAAAGGAGGCCGACCUUGUUCUCACUCAGAAGCUAACCGAGGCUCUUAAGCCCUACGGUGUGUUUGAAGAAGAGCUGGAGCUGCAGCGCAGAAUUUUAGUCUUGGGUAAAUUAAACACCCUGGUUAAAGAAUGGAUCAGAGACAUCAGUGAAACAAAGAAUUUGCCAGCCUCUAUAAUCGACAAUGUUGGAGGAAAAAUUUUCACUUUUGGUUCCUAUAGAUUAGGUGUUCACACAAAAGGUGCUGACAUUGAUGCACUCUGUGUUGCCCCACGACAUGUGGAGAGGUCUGACUUUUUUACUUCGUUUUAUGAAAAGCUUAAAGAACAAGAAGAAGUCAAAGACCUGAGGGCUGUUGAGGAAGCAUUUGUCCCAGUUAUUAAAUUAUCGUUUGAUGGCAUAGAGAUUGACAUUUUAUUUGCUCGAUUAGCAUUGCAAACAAUUCCUGAAGACCUGGAUCUUCGAGAUGAUGGUUUACUCAAGAAUUUAGAUAUUAGGUGCAUACGAAGUCUUAAUGGUUGUAGAGUCACUGAUGAAAUUUUGCAUCUGGUACCAAGCAUUGAGAACUUCAGACUUACCCUUAGGGCGAUCAAGCUGUGGGCCAAACGUCACAACAUCUAUUCUAACAUACUUGGCUUCCUCGGUGGUGUGUCGUGGGCUAUGCUCGUUGCUAGAACAUGCCAGUUAUAUCCAAAUGCUGUAGCAUCUACACUUGUUCACAAGUUCUUCCUGGUGUUCUCAAAGUGGGAAUGGCCAAAUCCAGUCCUUCUGAAACAGCCAGAGGACUGCAAUCUCAACCUUCCAGUUUGGGAUCCCAGGGUGACUCCAAGUGACAGAUACCAUUUGAUGCCCAUUAUUACACCAGCCUAUCCACAACAGAACUCUACCUAUAAUGUGUCAAUAUCAACUCGAGCUGUCAUGAUUGAGGAGUUUAAACAGGGUCUUGCCAUCACAGAUGAAAUUUUGCAGAAUAAAGCAGAGUGGUCCAAACUUUUUGAAGCACCAAACUUCUUUCAGAAAUACAAGCAUUAUAUUGUGUUGCUAGCAAGUGCACCGACAGAAAAACAGCACCUGGAAUGGGUUGGUUUGGUUGAGUCAAAAAUCCGCAUCUUGGUUGGGAAUCUGGAGAAGAACGAAUUCAUCACGCUCGCUCACGUGAAUCCCCAGUCUUUUCCAGGCCCCAAGGAAGGCAGUGAGAAGGAAGAGUUCAGCACAAUGUGGGUCAUAGGGAUUGCGUUCAAGAAAAUGGAAGGUGCUGAAAACCUCAAUGUUGACCUGACAUAUGACAUUCAAUCAUUCACUGACACAGUUUACAGGCAAGCAAUAAGUAGUAAAAUGUUUGAGCCCGAUAUGAAAAUCACAGCAAUGCAUGUAAAGAGGAAACAGCUGCACCAGCUUUUGCCGAACUUAGUAAUACAAAAAAGAAGAAAGCACUCCACUGAGGGUGUAAAGCCAGUGAACGAGAGCAGCCUGGACCUGUCUCUGGACAGCGACAACAGCAUGUCUGUGCCUUCGCCCACCACUGCGGUCAGGGGCUCCCAGCCCCGCUCUGCCAGCCCCCAGGGGCUCAGUCCUGCAGCCCCCGUGGCCAACAGCCAGGCUUCAGAAGGCCCGUGCAGAGGCGAGGGGGCAGGAAGUUCGGUCAGCCCAGGAGUCCCAAGCGACGGCACGCCGCCAAAGCCUGUGGCUGUAGCCCCACCGCCGAAGCCAGCCGCAGCUCGUGGGGUGUCCUCCACGCCCGUGAUCAAGCGCCCCCUUCUGGCUGCAGGCGGCUCUGCAGCGAAGCCUGCCGCUAAGAGGACAGGGUCCCCCAUCCAGGAGGAGACCCCGAAAAAACCAAGAGCAGAGGAGGACCCAUCAGAAAGUCGCGUGUCAGGAGAUAAUACAGCUCAGCCUGAUGUCAAGCCAUCUGUAGAGAUGGAGGUUGGUGAAGAGGUGAGCUCUGUCAACGCAUCUCCAGGAGAAGCCAAGAGCGAGGGAGCCGUGAAGGAGCUGGAUUCAGAACAGAAGUUCACUCCACCUGUUCCUGUCACACAGAGAAUUCCCAGCACAGACCUGUCCGAUGUUCCACUUCUUCCUGCCAAUCCCAUUCCAGUUGUGAAGAACUCAAUAAAACUGAGGCUAAGUAGGUAGGAGAAGCCCAGAAUUCCUGGAGAGCCGUGGAGCUAAGACUCACACAGAAGGACUGAAAGGUUGCAAAACGUAUCAGAGGCCAGAGCAGUAGCUGCACCUGUAAGGGACCCCUGGUGCUGAUUCUGGCCUGUCUCCCUGGGGGAGUUAGCUAUUGUUUUCUGGGAGCACGUCAUGGCAUUAUUCCCCAGAGUAGUAAAUGACAGGAAUUAAUGGUGAGCAAAUGAAAUGUCAUAUCUUCACACUGUUCACGUGACUGCUAAGAUGUAUGUGUGCGUGUGUGCAUUUUUCGUUUUGUUUUCCAUUGUUUAUAUAAAAACAGGAAAAGUCCAUCAGAGGCACAGAGUUAGGUAUUUUUUUAAGUACUGAGCUUUAUUUUAACUAAGAACAAGGCUGGGCCUGUUUUAUGCUGUCAGCAGUCACCACCAGAAUCCAACACUGCCCAGUGACUACACUUAGUAGUAAAGACCACUAAAUAAAAAAAUUAAAUUUACAAGGUACCCUCUUGUCAAUAAUUCUGUGCCUUUGUGUAGAUUUUGGAUGGAUUUGAUAAAAAAUACAAAUAUACCAAGUUACAAUAAUGAAUACAGUCUUCAAAAUUAAGUAUGGCUAAUUGAAGUAGCUCAGGUUGGAGAAAAUAACUACCAAAAACUCAUUCUCAAUGAUAUGUUGCAUUUUAUUAAUAUAUUGUGUUUUCUUAGCUUAAACUAUGCCUUUUUUUUUCCUGAUGGUGGCUAGAGAAGAAUUAUUCAGGCACAUUUCAGUCAUUUUUGAGGAAUUCCCGGCAGUUUUCUUUUUUCGUAUUUGUUCAGUGACUGACAUGAACAAGGAUUUUGAACAAAUAAGUGCAGGUAAUCUGUGCAAGACUGUUCAUUUGCAUUGUACCUCGUGUGUCUGUAUUGUACAAAAAAAUAAAAUUUCUUUUGGAGAGUUA